GCCGCCUGUCAUUCGAGUCGAAUUCUUGGACAUCGCGCCUCGUUCCCCGCUCGGCAUCAUGCUCCCUCGACAUGUGCAACGCAAGCUCCGCUCGUCCAUCUGCACCCCGAUGCACACCCGCUCAAUGGCUUAUUGGUCCGAAGAGGACAAGGCCGAACGUGCCCAACGCGCCCGAGAGCUGCAGGACGUUGUGAUCGUAGGAGGUGGCAUUGUUGGCAGCGCACUCGCGUGCAACCUCAAGUCGAACCCUGUCUUCCACGGCAAGAAGGUCACCGUGAUUGAGCCGUCGCCUCCUAACAAGUUAGAUGAUGCCAACGCACCGUUGGGUAUCCCGGACGCUCGUGUGUACACGAUCACACCGGCGUCGAAGAAGCUGUUUGAAGCGAUUGGGGUCUGGGACAAGAUCAAGCCCGAACAUAUUGCGCCGUUCGGCCACAUGCAAGUGUGGGAUGCCAUGGGCGAUGGAUUCAUCCGCUUCGAUGCGGCCAAGGCCCAAGUCAAGAACGGUCGCGAUCUCGGGUACGUCUUGGAACACGGCGUGUUGCAGCGGGCGUUGGCGCUUCGCAUGGAAGAACUCGCGAGCCAGGACGACCCAAACCCGUUGCAAGUCCUGAGCCCUGCCGAGGUGCGUAACUUUGAAGGCCCCGGUGAAGUCCAACGCGCCGGCAUUGUGCAUUUGGAAGACGGCAGGGAGAUUCGCAGCCGUCUCGUCGUCGCCGCCGACGGCGGCAAGUCGAUGAUCCGCAAAUUGUCUGCUCUCGGCACAUGGGGCUGGACGUACGACCAGCAAGCAGUGGUGGCGACCGUCAAGACGGACCAGAUCAACACGACUGCGUGGCAACGCUUCCUUCCUUCGGGACCGAUUGCGCUCUUGCCUUUGCGCGACGGGUACUCGUCGGUUGUGUGGAGCACGAACGAGAACCAUGCGAUUGAACUCAAGUCGAUCUCGCCGGAAGAGUUUGUCGCUGAAUUGAACGAAGCGCUGAACAAGCCUUCGGAGACCCCGUCGCCUCCGCAAAUCCCUAUCCUCGGCAACCUCUUCCAAGGCAUUCACUUGGCCGCGCAAACGGUCUUGGCCGCUGGUGCCCUUGCCGAUCCAUUCCAAUCGCCGCCGAAGGCCACCGAAGCGGUCGGUCGCCGCGUGUCGUUCCCGCUCAAGCUCCAGCAUGCGACUCGGUACUCCAAGUAUGGCGUGGCGUUGAUCGGUGAUUCCGCGCACUCGAUUCACCCCUUGGCUGGCCAGGGGUUGAACUUGGGUUUGGCGGACGUGACGUCGCUUGGCAACCUCUUGUCGCAAGGCGUCCAAGCUGGCGUCCACUUGGGCGACGAGCAGUUCUUGCAAAACUACGACAAUGACCGAAAGAAGGCCAACAUCUCGAUGGCAUUGGCCAUGGACGGCUUCAAGAACUUGUUUGGCCCUGCCCCUGACGCCGUCCUAGUCGCACGCAACGUCGGCAUGUCUUCGUUGAACGCCGUUGACCCAGUCAAGACGCAAAUCAUGAAGUACGCCAUGGGCUUGUAAUAGAUGCAUAGAUGACGACAAUGAUGUGACAUCAUUCGAUCUCUUCAUGUCUUGAGGCAGCGAGGGCAUUCGGCUCUUCCAGUACCUCAUUCAUAUCUCCUGCACAGUUAAUCCACCUUCCCAUGUGCAUA